CCCCCCCUUUUUUUUUUUUCUUUUUGCCCCUUUUUGGCCUUUUCUCCUCUUUUUUUUUUAAGCCUUCUUUUGCCUUCUUCAUUUUCUUCUUCUUUUUUUCUUUUCUCCUCUGCUUUUCUUUUCCCUUUUUUUUCCCCUUCCUCCUUUCUCUUUUUAAUUUCCUUUGGCUUUUUCUCAGCUUUUUCUUCCUUUUUUUCCUUUUUCUUUUGCCUCUUUCCCUAUUUUUUCCCUUCUUUCCUCCUUUUUUCUGCCUGUUUUUCUUCUCCUAUUUUUCAAACCUCACUCCUUUUUUUUUCUCACCUUCUUUUCCCCGUUUCUUUUUUUCCUUUUUUUUUUUCACUUUUUUUCCUCUCCUUUUUCUUUGCUUUUCCUCCCCUUUCGUGCUUUGUUUUCCCCUUUUUUUUUGCCUUUUGGUCUCAAUUUCCCCCGCCUCCCCCCCCCUCCCCUUUUAUUAUUAUUGUUACCUUUCCUCUCCUCCUUUCCUUGCUUUUGCUUUCUGCACCUCGACUUUUAUUUGCAAACAGUUAUUUCUAUCCACACACCCCCUCCUCCACCUCCCCUCCUUCUCUCCCAAUUCCCUCCCUCCCUCACCACCCCCCCCAUUUCCACCUCCACGUCGCUGAUGCCUGGGCAAGCAGCAGGCUCAGGACGGCUCAGUUAGCAGCAGCAUGUCUCGGCGGAAGCAAGCCAAGCCCCAGCAUCUCAAAUCGGACCAGGAGCUGCAAGCCGAGGUAGUUUGCGAGCACGCAGUCCCAGGAGAAGGAGCAGAUGACGGCGACAGCGGCAACGAGAGCAGGAGUGGAAGCGAAGAAACCAACGUCUGCGAGAAAUGCUGUGCCGAGUUCUUCAAGUGGACUGACUUCCUGGAGCACAAGAAGAGCUGCACCAAAAACCCCCUGGUGCUGAUCGUCAACGAAGAUGAGGCAGCUCCGGCCCCCAACGAGGAGCUCCCUGAGCCCUCUCCUGCCAGCUCUCCCAGUGACCAGGCAGAGAGCGAAGCCACUGAAGAAGGCGCCCAGGCAGAGACCAAUGACAGCUCUGAGGUAAAGACAGCAGAGAAGGAAGAAGAGCCAAUGGAGGUAGAAACGCCUGCAGAGAAGACUUUCCAGAAUCAAGGCACCUCAACUACAGCUACUCCUCUACCUCAGAUCCCUGAACCAUCUUCCAUGACAACCUAUAACAUGCCAAACACCAACGUCACACUAGAGACCCUGCUGAGCACAAAGGUGGCAGUGGCACAGUUCUCGCAGACCACCCGGACCACGGCUUCUGCCAGCAUCAGCAGCGGGGUGACAGCCGUGGCCAUCCCCAUGAUCCUGGAGCAGCUGAUGGCCCUGCAGCAGCAGCAGAUCCACCAGCUCCAGCUGAUUGAGCAGAUCCGCAGCCAAGUGGCGAUGAUGAACCGCCAGCCACUGCGAGCGUCCCUCAACACCGUCAUAGCCGCCCAGACCGGCGCCGGGCAGGCCUCCAGCCAGCUGCAAGGCUUCGCCACCAGCGCUGCCGUCCAGCUCACUGCAGUCAUCCCUCCUGCCAUCGUGGGGCAGGUCGCCAGCGCUCAGCCCACAGCCUUUGACGGCUCCCAGCACCUCUCCAGGACUACAUCGGGAGCGAGCACGCCCAACGUCUCCGGUGGGGGCUCUUCCGCCCCACCCGACUCGAGCCUCCCUUCCUCCUCCAGCGCGAUCACAUCCAUCACACCCGUGCCCGGCACCCCCAACGGCGCCUCGCAGCCCCAGAACGCUUCCACCUCGCCUUCGCUAGGAGGACACGGAAGCCUCACCUCGGUGUCCAGCCUGCCAAACCCACUUCUACCUCAAACCUCCUCCAACAGCAGCGUGAUCUUCCCCAACCCGCUGGUGAGCAUCGCCGCCACGGCCAAUGCGCUGGACCCACUCUCCGCUCUUAUGAAGCACCGCAAGGGGAAGCCCCCCAACGUCUCGGUGUUCGAGCCCAAGGCGAGCUCCGAGGACCCCUUUUUUAAGCAUAAGUGCAGGUUUUGUGCCAAGGUCUUCGGCAGCGACAGCGCUCUGCAGAUCCACCUUCGCUCACACACGGGAGAGAGGCCUUUCAAGUGCAACAUCUGCGGGAACCGCUUCUCCACCAAGGGCAACCUGAAAGUCCAUUUUCAGAGGCACAAGGAGAAAUACCCCCACAUUCAGAUGAACCCCUACCCUGUUCCAGAAUACCUCGACAACGUGCCCACCUGCUCCGGGAUCCCCUACGGGAUGUCGCUGCCCCCUGAGAAGCCAGUCACCACGUGGCUGGACAGCAAACCCGUCCUGCCCACCGUCCCAACUUCCAUUGGUCUCCAGCUGCCCCCCACUAUCCCUGGUGUGAACAGCUAUGGAGAUUCCCCAAGCAUCACCCCCAUGAGCAGGUCACCCCAGAGGCCUUCACCCGCCUCCAGUGAAUGCACUUCUCUGUCCCCCAGCCUCAACACCUCCGAGUCGGGUGCACCAGCGUCCGCCGAGUCCCCGCAGCCUGUCCAGAGCGGCUCGGCCCAGACCAAGUCAGAAGCUGUGACCUUGCCUCCCACGGGCGCACGGCUCGGGGAGCUCCCUGUGGGUGGGCAGGCCUCUGCAGCUUCCACCUCUUCGAUACCCACCGCCGUGACGGAGAGCGGCGUGGUGACGAGCCUCCCAAACCCCGUGCUUCCAGCAGUGUCUGACCAGUUUAAGGCCAAGUUCCCGUUCGGCGGCCUGCUAGACUCUAUGCAAACAUCAGAAACCUCAAAGCUGCAGCAGCUGGUGGAGAACAUUGAUAAGAAGAUGACAGACCCCAAUCAAUGCGUCAUUUGUCACCGCGUGCUCAGUUGUCAGAGCGCUCUCAAGAUGCAUUACCGGACGCACACGGGAGAAAGGCCAUUUAAAUGCAAAAUCUGCGGACGUGCCUUCACUACGAAAGGCAACCUCAAGACGCACUUCGGAGUCCACCGGGCCAAGCCGCCGCUGCGGGUGCAGCACUCGUGUCCCAUCUGCCAGAAGAAGUUCACCAAUGCAGUGGUUCUGCAGCAGCACAUCCGGAUGCACAUGGGCGGGCAGAUCCCCAACACGCCGCUGCCGGAGGGCUUCCAGGAUGCCAUGGACUCGGAGCUUUCCUACGAUGACAAGAACAUCGACGCACUGAGCAACUUCGAUGAGGACAUCGAUGAGAACUCCAUGGAGGAGGACCCGGAGCUGAAGGACGUGGCAAGCGACUCCUCCAAACCUCUCAUAUCCUACUCCGGGUCAUGUCCUUCUUCGCCGCCUUCCGUGAUCUCCAGCAUCGCCGCUUUGGAGAACCAGAUGAAGAUGAUUGACUCCGUCAUGAACUGCCAGCAGCUGGCCGGCUUAAAAUCCAUGGAAAACGGGUCAGGGGAGAGUGACCACCUGAGCAACGACUCCUCGUCGGCUGUGGGUGACCUGGAAAGCCAGAGCGCAGGCAGCCCUGCCAUGUCGGAGUCCUCUUCCUCCAUGCAAGCUUUAUCUCCCGUCAACAGCAACAGCGAAAGCUUCAGGUCCAAGUCCCCAGUUCUCGGCACCCAGGAAGAGCCGCCGGAAAUACAGCUAAAGACAGAGAAACCAGACAGCCCCCCGCCCACGACCGAAAACGGAGGCGCCUUAGACCUGACAUCCGCCGCUGCCACCACCAACCCGGGCAGGCCGCUCAUCAAAGAGGAGGCUCCUUUUAGCCUGCUGUUCCUGAACAGAGAACGUGGUCCCAGCCAAAGCACUCCUAGCCUGGUCACCAGUACAGCACCCACCAUGAUCAAAAUGGAAGUGAAUGGUCACAGCAAGCCGAUCUCUUUGGGUGAGGUUGCCUCGCUUCCAGCUGGAAUCCAGGUUCCUGCUGCACCACAGACAGUGAUGAGUCCGGGGAUCACCCCCAUGCUGGCACCCCCCCCUCGCCGGACUCCCAAGCAGCACAACUGUCAGUCGUGUGGGAAGACCUUCUCCUCAGCCAGCGCGCUGCAGAUACACGAGCGCACCCAUACUGGUGAAAAACCGUUUGGUUGUACAAUCUGUGGUAGAGCUUUUACCACAAAGGGGAACCUGAAGGUUCACAUGGGAACCCACAUGUGGAACAACGCCCCCGCCCGCCGCGGCCGCCGCCUCUCGGUGGAGAACCCCAUGGCACUGCUGGGCGGCGACGCCCUCAAGUUCUCCGAGAUGUUCCAGAAGGAUCUGGCGGCUCGGGCCAUGAACGUUGACCCCAGCUUCUGGAACCAGUACGCCGCAGCCAUCACCAACGGCCUGGCCAUGAAGAACAACGAGAUCUCUGUCAUACAGAACGGGGGUAUCCCCCAGCUGCCCGUCAGCCUGGGCGGCGGCGCCAUCCCGCCCCUCGGCAGCCUCACCGCCGGCAUGGACAAAGCUCGCACGGGCAGCAGCCCUCCCAUCGUCAGCCUGGACAAAGCCAGCCCCGAAACGGGAGCCAGCCGCCCCUUCACCAGGUUUAUCGAGGAUAAUAAAGAGAUUGGCAUCAACUGAAGCCCGCUCGCCCCCGCCCGGUGGCCGCUGGACCUCUCCUCGAGGCGCCUCCGGUCCCGCUCCGCCUGCGCUCGCCGCAGCGGAGCGUUCGGUUCCCUGACCUGACCUCCUGAGGUUCCCUCUAAAGGCUCGCCCAGAGCAGGAAUCCGUAACUCUUGUGGUGGCUGCUGGAAGCUGUCUUGCGAGAUCUCUGCAUGGUACUCCCCUCGCCCGCGGGCGCGGCUCCCGCCGAGGGCUCUGAAACCUUCUCACCUAACAGCAAGAACAAGGAAGAAACAAACGUUGGGAUAAAACUUCACUGGGAGCAGGCUGAAGAGUCUGCGCCCACCUUGCUCCUGAGAAACCUCACCUGAGGCAGAAGAAAAGGAGGGGUGGGGGGG